ACUGCCGGCGGGGGUGCUGGGCUGAUGAGAGCCGUCACCACCCUCCUAGCUUCCCUCCUGGCUCUUCCAUCCCAACCCCAACCUAACUGUUCUCCCCAUACCCCUGGCAAGCCCACCUCCAGUGCAGGCUCCACCAAGAACCGCUCAACUUGGUUUCCCUUCAUCCUCAAGUUUGCCAAACUGUCAAUCCCCAAACCCCUUUCUCCCACCACAGUACCAGAAUCUAGCCCCUUCUGCAGAAGUGAGAGGGCAAAGAGUGGAGGAAGAGGAAUAUUGAGGGGUGGGGGGACUACAUACCUUCUCACAGGUGAGCCCCAGGUGUGUCUCAGAGGGAUCCAGGUGACUUCUCUGCAGCCUGCUUGCCAUGACGCCCCACCAAGAACGGGGGGAAUAAAGUGGGAGUCCUUCCCCAUGCCCCUCCCCUGGUCAGCUCCCCGAUGGCCUGGGUGAGGGUGGGCUGGCUGCUCUGACACCAUGGGGAGCUGCUGCAGCUGCCUGAACAGAGACAGCAUCCCAGACAACCACCCCACCAAGUUCAAGGUGACAAAUGUGGAUGACGAGGGGGUGGAGCUGGGCUCCGGAGUGAUGGAGCUGACGCAGAGCGAGCUGGUGCUGCACCUGCACCGGCGCGAGGCCGUCCGCUGGCCCUACCUCUGCCUGCGGCGCUAUGGCUACGACUCCAACCUCUUCUCCUUCGAGAGCGGCCGCCGGUGUCAGACGGGCCAGGGGAUAUUUGCAUUCAAGUGCUCCCGGGCCGAGGAAAUCUUCAACCUCCUUCAGGAUCUGAUGCAGUGCAACAGCAUCAGCGUGAUGGAAGAGCCGGUCAUCGUCACUCGCAACAGCCACCCGGCUGAGCUUGACCUCCCUCGGGCCCCGCAGCCUCCCAACGCUCUAGGCUACACUGUCUCCAGCUUCUCCAAUGGCUUCCCGGGCUGCCUGGGAGAGGGCCCGCGAUUCUCGGCACCCCGGCGCCCCUCGACAAGCAGCCUCCGACACCCCUCAGUUGGGGAAGAGUCCACCCAUGCCCUCAUUGCCCCUGAUGAACAGUCCCACACCUAUGUCAACACACCGGCCAGCGAGGAUAACCACCGCAGGAGCCGGCACUGCCUGCAGCCCCUGCCUGAGGGUCAGGCACCCUUCCCCGCUCAGGUCCGGGGCCCCGACCAGCGGGACCCGCAGGUGUUCCUGCAGCCGGGCCAGGUGAAGUUCGUGUUGGGCCCGACCCCUGCCCGACGGCACAUGAUGAAGUGCCAGGGCCUUUGCCCCAGCCUGCAUGACCACCCCCACCACCACAACAACAACGAGGGCCCUUCCGAGUGCCCAGCCCAGCCCAAGUGCACCUACGAGAAUGUCAGCGGGGGGCUGCGGCCGGGGGCCGGCUGGAGACUGAGCCCAGAGGAGCCGGGCUGGAAUGGCCUCGCCCACCGCCGGGCCGCCCUGCUGCACUAUGAGAACCUGCCCUCACUGCCCCCCGUGUGGGAGAGCCGAGCCCAGCAGCUGGGGGAGGAGGCCGGGGAUGACGGGGACUCAAGGGACGGGCUCACACCCUCCUCCAAUGGCUUCCCCGACGGUGAGGAGGACGAGACCCCACUGCAAAAGCCCACCAGCACCCGGGCUGCCCUCCGCAGCCACGGCAGCUUCCCUGUGCCACUGACCCGCCGCCGAGGCUCCCCGAGGGUCUUCAACUUUGAUUUCCGCCGGCCGGGCCCUGAGCCCCCAAGGCAGCUCAACUACAUCCAGGUGGAGCUGAAAGGCUGGGGCGGAGACCGGCCCAAGGGGCCCCAGAACCCCUCAGUCCCCCGAGCCCUUGCGCCCACCACCCUCCCUGCCCGCAGCUCAGAUUCCUACGCCGUGAUUGACCUCAAAAAGACCGUGGCCAUGUCAAACCUGCAGAGGGCUCUGCCCCGUGACGAUGGCACCGCCAGGAAAACCCGGCACAACAGCACUGACCUGCCUCUGUAGGGACUUCCCUCCUCCCCGCCGUGGCCCAGCCUCUGCCUCAUGCUCUGUCCUCUGAGCUCACACUCCCAGGGUUCCAGAUUGCUUCACAGAAGGGCAUUGAGGUGGGACCAGAUGCUUCCCUGCACUGGCCAGAGUUCCCAGCCACUGAGUCUCCUGGUCUCCAAGUUGGGGGAAGAGGGUGACCAGGCGAGGAGGGAGCCACAACGGAAACUGUGAAGGGUUCCCAUGAUUGCAUCUAGCACCCUCCCAUUAAGUCCAUUUGUCUCGUCUGUCAUCUGUGUGUGUUUUUUUUGGUUGAAAUUUUGAAACGUUUUGUACUUGUUGAUUUUAUUUAUCAGUUUAUUUUUCUAUUUAUUGUUUUAAAUGUAAUUUAACAUAUUUAUUAUUAAUAUAAUUAUUUUUAAAUUCUG